AUGUCGCUAAUAUCACGAGAACACCGUAUUCGUACGGACGAGCCUGACUACAAGGCCAUCCUCAAAGAUUCCAUCGAUAUUGUACGAUGUCGUCCAGAAGAGAACAUCACUUUACCGGCCUCCAGCCGCAACAAUUUGAUAUAUUUCGAUCCCCGAUUUGAUUCCGACAACUCGACUGGGAAGGGGGAGGAAGAGCUCAGCAAGCUAUUUUCUCGUUUCCAAGAGCUACCGGCCGAGGUUCGACAAAAGAUCUGGAUGAUGUCAAUUGAUCCUAUCACGCUGUUCAGCGACAUUUCAGCUUAUCAGGGCACUGUCAGCAAUGCAGUGACUCUGCGCAAAUAUGGGGGACCGAUCGAGAGGGAACAGCGCACCCUAUGGCUUGGGACUCGACAGCACUAUGAGCUAAUCCGACUCUUCCAGAUAAACAAGGAGACCCGCCACCUGGCUUUCAUGCACUGGGGAAGCCCGCGGCCUUUGUCGGCUGAUGAAUCUGCCCCCUAUCUUUUUAAUCCACAUAGGGACACUCUGGGUGUCCACCUGGACAACUGGGCCCGCGCUAUUCAGGAAACUGACAGCUCCAGUGCCUGGUACGAGACUUACGUUAGAGACCCAGACUUUCGUGUAUGGCACGAGGCCAUUGCUCCGGCACCUAUCUUUCUGCUGAGCCGGAUUCACAGAAUUGAGCUACAGCUCGACCGCGUCGAGGACAUGCGUACUAACGGCUACGACUGGACCAGCUCUGGUGCGAGAAACCCCUUGACCUUCCUCUUCCACUUUCCCAACCUCCGCCACCUCGUUUUUGCCUUCCGCCGCCCGCAACUCAGCGAGAUCCCGGAAGAGGGCGGAAGAACCGUAGUCUGCGGAAACCACGUUGUGCCGAUCACGGAAGCCGUCCAGUCCCACGACUACUACCACCUCGAAACCAUCCAGUGCCUCCACAGCUUCCUCGGCCUCUUCCGCCAUCCCAGCACCCGAGACAGAGCCAGGGCCACCUUCAGAAACCUUCGCACCAUCGGCAUCACAGUCAACCUCAAGCCCGCGCUCCAGGAAAUCUACUGGUUUCCCUACGGGCCGACGACGCGCGUGGCCAUGGUGCCCAAGGGCAUGUCACCGCUUGAUUGUGUCGACGACAACAGUUUGCAAGAAGCUAGCCGGCCGCCAGUUUCUCCCUCUCCAGCUCCUCCCCUUGCGCACUUCUCUCAUGUGCAGUCGUGGGAUGACUGGGUUCAAGACAUAACCGUAGCGCCAGCCGCAGCGCAACUGGCCGAGAUAUUUGCCAUCAACCCACAACAAUCUCCCCUGGAGCUCGACCAGAGUGGAGGAGAUGCAUCGAGUACCGCUGUGGCGGUUGACGGCUCUGCCAUGUCCGAGUCGUUCGCGCAUCCUAUGUUCGGAGAGGUUCCCGACACAGCUGCUGAUGACGCAGACAAUUGA